UGCCUCUUUCAUAGGAUGUUCACCAUGACCAGGGCCUUAGAAGAGGCUCUUCUCCAGCACUUCGUAUACCAGAAGCUGGAGAUUGCUUAUGCCAUAUACAAGCCAUUUCCCUUCCUCGAAGGCCUCCGAGACAGCUCCUUCAUCACAGAGACAAUAUACCGGGAAUCCAUGGAAGCUUGUAGAAAUCAUGUCCCUGUACCCAGAGUGGUGUACAACAUCCUCACCCACCUGGAAAAGACCUCCAAUCUGUCAUUUCUGGAGAUGCUGUUCAGCCGAAUUAACCUGCGUGAAUACCCCAACCUGACGAUGAUUCUCAAGGGCUUCAGAAGUGUUGUCAAUUCCUACGGAGGAUGGAACAGAGCUGCACCGACCCUCCUCGAAACUCCAGCCAACCCAGCAGAAGGGCGCUCUGUCCAGACGCUGCUGCUGCUGCCCCCACCCCAGAGCCACCCACCCCAUGCUCCCAGUGUCACUGAGCCCAGCGCAUCCACACAGCACAGCGCUGAGAUCACGGGCGAAACAUCCAGCCCUUCUGACCCUGCCGUGGCUCUCCCCAGAACCACCCAGGAAGGAAGGAUCACUCCAGAAGACUCACAAGAGAUGCCUGGCACUCCUCCUGACACUGUGCAAGUGAUAACAGAUGACUCUCCUGAACCAAAUGACCCCAAAGAGCUCCAGGAGGCAUCCAGCACACCUCCCAACAAGAAAGGAAAGAAAAGAAAAAGAAGUAUCUGGUCAACUCCAAAAAAGAGACGUCAGAAAAAAAGCCUCCCAAAAGGGAGAACCUCACCUCGGCACAGAAGCCAAGAGAAGCUCCAAGUGGUGGAUCAGGCAACUCAAAGGAAGGAUGAUUCACCCAGGAAGUCAAAUGUCAUGACAAGUGUCCAAAAGGCAAGCACCGAAUGUGCCCAAACCUCCGGACCAGAGGAAACCAGUGAUGACUCUUCAGAAAUGAAAGAAGAAAAGAGCCCCCAGGAGCCACCCAGCGCACCACCAAGCAUCCUGCCUGAUCCAACAAAUAAUGGAAAUAAACCAUCUUUGGGAAAAUCUGGGGAAACACCCUCACCUGGGCACAGAAUCCAAGAGAAGCUCCAUGUGGUGGAUCAAACAACUGAAAAGAAGGAUGAUUCAACCAGGAUCUCAAAGAUCAUGACAAGGGCCCAAAAGGCAAGGACUGAAUGUGUCCAAACCUCUGGACCAAAGGAAAAGAAAAGGAAAAAAAAUGUCAGUUCAAGUUCAACAAGAAGGUGUCAGAAAAGUAUUCCUCCCAAGGAAAAACCCGAAGAUGAAACUGUGGAUUUUCUCUCUCCUGAACUUCCUGUGACCUGUGGUGAAGCCAAAGGGAUUUUAUAUAAGGAGAAAUUGAAACAAGGAUCCUCAGAGAAGUGCAUUCGGAAUGAGGCAGGGGUCUGGUUCACACCAAAAGAAUUUGAAAUCGAAGGAAAACGGGCAAAUACAAGGAAAUGGAAGCAGACUGUGCAUUGCAAAGGAAAGACCUUAGAAGAGCUGCUGAAGAAAGGACUUUUGCUCUGUCCUCCAAGAAUAAGUGUCAAGAGAGAGUGGGAAAACUCCAAGGAAUGUGAGGUGUGCUGUAGAGGGGGACCACUGCUCUGCUGUGACACUUGUCCAAGAGCCUUUCAUGAGGACUGUCACAUCCCGGCUGCAGAGGCGGAGAGGAGCCCAUGGAGUUGCACCUUCUGCAGGAUAAAAGAGUCUUCGGGAAGGCAGCAGUGUCACGGGGAAUCUGAGGUCCUGGAGAGGCAGAUGCAGCCUGAGGAGCAGUUGAAAUGUGAGUUCCUCCUCUUGAAGGCCUACUGUCAUCCACAAAGCUCCUUUUUUGCAGAAACCCCACCUAAUAUUCGAGAUUAUGGAGAGCCCUUUAAGGAAGCCAUGUGGUUGGACCUGGUUAAGGAACGGUUGACUGAGAAAGUGUACACAGUGGCGUGGUUUGUUCGCGACAUGCGCCUGAUUUUUCGCAACCAUAAAACAUUUUACAAGGCUUCCGACUUUGGUCAGAUAGGACUGGACUUGGAGGCAGAAUUUGAAAAGGACCUCAAAGAGGUGUUUAUUUUUUGCAAAGCCAAUGAAAACAGCUUCCAGACUCUUUGA